AUGUCCUCCUCCUCCUCCCCCUCCCCCUCCUCCCCCACCUCCCCUCACCCAGAAGCCGAGGAGCCAGGCUAUCCAGAUCGAACAUUCACAACACAACACCUCCCCUGCGAUCCCACCUGCACUCUCACAUUCUCCGAAGCCGGUCCUUCCCGCUACACCCACGCCCCAGAACCAUACACGAAAGCGAUCCCACUGAUCACCUCUCCUCUCACCCGUUCAUCCCUUUCCACCGCAGCCGCACAUCUUCGUUCCAACCAGCUCGUCUCGUUCCCCUCCGAAACAGUCUACGGUCUCGGUGCAAACGCUUUAUCCCAAUCCGCCGUUUCCAAAAUCUACGCCGCUAAGAAAAGACCUGCGGAUAACCCGCUGAUCGUCCAUGUUUCGGACCUAUCUAUGCUCGACACCCUUCUUCCCGCCACCUAUCAACUCGGUGCAGCAUACGAAGCGCUGGUCAAAGCCUUCUGGCCAGGAGCACUGACGCUUUUGUUUCCCGUGGAUGUGGACAAGCCAGCGGUGCCGAGCGUGGUAACGUGCGGACAUGCGAGUGUUGCCGUUCGAAUGCCCUCCCAUCCGAUAGCCAGAGCGCUUAUUGCAACCAGUCGCUUACCGAUCGCGGGUCCGAGUGCGAAUGCCUCUGGUAGACCGAGUCCCACUACGGCGGCACAUGUUAUGCGUGAUCUUGGUGGUGCGCUUGAUUCUCAUCCCAACCAAGAGGCUGGUCGAGAGCACAAGGGGAGGUUGAAGUAUAUUUUAGACGGAGGACCGUGCCAAGUGGGUGUCGAGAGCACCGUCGUCGAUGGCAUCACAGCGGAGAAUGAGUUAAGGGUCUUACGACCGGGUGGUGUGACAGUGGAGCAAAUCGAACAGGUGUUGAAAGAAGCAGGAUUGCAAGACAUCCUGAAAUUGUCCGUUUACGGCAAAGAUAUGCAAAGAAGUUCAGAACAAGAAAGUAAGCCAACAACACCAGGGAUGAAGUAUAAACAUUACAGUCCUACUGCUCCAGUUGUCAAGCUUUUGUCAACUAAACUCUUCCCUAGUGCCAUCGCUCGACCUUACCAUUCUAAUGCAACUUCAUCGACUCAAGCGCUGAACUCGCUCAUCAACCAAUCCCCUAAUUCAACACGUACAACGCCUCAAACUUUCGCCAAGGUCGUUCGGGAACAGAUUGCCUCCCUCCUCACCUCUUCCAACGCUGGAACAGGAAUGAUCAAUAUCGGACUAAUGACUACUCGGGACUCAGACCUCUCCCGACACAUCUUUUCUUCCUUCACCGCUUCUCUCUCCGUACACGAUAGUAGCGGAGAGAGUAUUCAUCGCCUUCUCCUCCCCCCACGCCUCCUGAUUGGAUGCGAAGGAGUCAUGAUACACCCCUUCGACCUCGGACCUUGCACCACAACAGAGGUGUACGCACAACGAAUGUUCGAUGGACUUCGAACCCUCGAUGAAGGUCCAUUACUCGGAGGAGUAGGGCGGUGCCAUCUGAUCUUUGUAGAGGCCCUAGACGAUGCAGGAGUUGGGUUGGCAGUGAUGAAUAGACUCAACAAGGCUGCCAGUGCUACUGUUCUAUUGGAUUGCUAG